ACCGAUUUUUUGUGGGCGAAAACAUUAAUAUCGUUGUAUUAUACAUAAUCUUCUGCCACAUUCUUGGUAAUUCCUUUUAAGCAAAAUGUGAGACCAACAUAAAUUCCCACGACAGCCGGUUCUACGUACCGGAAUUGAUUCGGAUUUCAUCCUUUCGGCGAUCUAACCCCGUUGGUGAUCUAACUAACAUAAAAAUGACCUAUACAACACGCUCUAAUUGUCGCGUUACCGUACCGCACACACAAUGAAAAUGAUAGGAGAAAAACUCUACUCGAGCUGCUGGACUCUUUUUCCCUCGUAUGAACCCACUUGACACCAAAAGAGAAUUUACUGAUAAUGAGCGACAAAAGAAUCCCCAUGUAAACGCCAUCUUAUAUGGAAAUAAAUUAGAAAUGCGUCGACGAGCUGGACUAGGAGCCAUACAACAGCAGCAAUUGGCGGCUGAAAAAUAUAAAGACAAAGGCAGUGAUAUACAGGAAUCACAAUUUGAACAAAUGUCCAAACAAAUGGAAGUUUUUCGUUUAAAACUGGAAGAAUUUGCUGUAAAACACAAGACAGACAUUCGCAAGAACUCCCAAUUUCGUAAACAAUUCCAGGAAAUGUGCGCAGCAAUAGGUGUGGAUCCUCUUGCUACAGGCAAAGGCUUUUGGAGCGUACUUGGAAUGGGUGACUUUUAUUACGAGUUAAGCGUGCAGGUCGUCGAAGUUUGUUUAGCAGCUAAUCAUAAAACCGGUGGAUUAAUAGAAUUAAAUGAACUGCGUAGGCGGCUUAUAGCAGCACGAGGUGUGAGUGCAGUACAUCAAGAGAUCACAAACGAAGACAUUUUGAUGGCAGCCAAAAAAUUAAGUAUAUUUGGGAAUGGUUUUGUGGUAUAUAAAGUGGGCAAGGGGAAAUACAUGGUGCAAUCAAUACCAGGUGAACUGAGCAUGGAUGAAACUAAAAUCCUAACGGCUGCUUCCAAUACAGAAAAGGGUUACGUAACACUGAAAAUGCUAACUGAGGAACUGGGAUGGAGUGAUUUCCGCGCAAAGCAAUCGCUCGAUAAAACAGUAAGUGAAGGUUUAUGCUGGGUGGACGAGCAGGAUGAAGAAAAUAACCAUUUGAGCUAUUGGUUUCCAAGUUUAUUUCCUGGACGGUAUGCGCAAUCAGUUUAAAUAUUUAUCUUAUUUUAUUGAUCAUAAAUGUAGAUAAUCACGUAUAUUUAGCACAUUAUUGAAUAUGUAUGUAUACAAAAGUAUAAAAUAUAUACAGU